AUGACAUCGAAUCCUACUAGUCAUUUUAUCAUUUUGAAGAAUCGUCCGGUUGUCCAGAGUACCGGGGAUAUCAGUUCUGGUUCAUUAAAACUACAUUAUUGGGAAUGGAAAGGUCGCCAACCAACGAUUCUUCUCUGUCAUGCAACCUCGUUUCAUGGUCGAUGUUACGAUCCUAUCAUUAAUAAUGCAUUGCGGGGGUACCAUGUCAUUGCUUUAGACUUUCGAGGUCACGGUCGGUCACAACAACAUCCACCUCCGUAUCGUUUUCCAUGGUUUGGUGAAGAUGUUCUACAGUUUAUUGAAACAUUAAACCUUUCAAAAACGAAGUUGAUUGGUAUUGGCCAUUCCGCUGGUGGUUAUGCUUUAACGUAUGCGGCAGCAAUAGCGUCGAAACGUUUAUUUCAAUAUUUAAUUCUAAUUGAUCCCGGUAUAGUUCCACAUUCAACAUAUGGUCUUAGUGAUAAAAAUCAUCCUUCUUUGGAAUAUAUUCUUCGGCGAAAAACUCAGUGGUCUUCUGUGGAAGACAUGAUAUCACGAUUGGAGACACGCGAACCGUUCUCACGAUGGCCGAAAGAUACAUUGCAAAGUUAUUGCACGUACGCGCUGGAUGAAGAUAAUAAACUUCGAUUGAGUGCACAAGGAGAACAUUCAAUGUACCGAUCAUCCAUGCAACAUGAAUCAAAUCUGUUUCCGAUCAUUGAACAAUCAAAAUUUAUUCAAUAUACUCCGAUUUAUGUUAUAAGAACAGCAUUACCAUUGAUUAUAGGUCGAUUCGAUACAUCACCAACCGAACCUGAUCUUGUCAAGUCGUUCAAACAAGGACGAGAGAUAUUUUUAGAAAAUGCAACGCAUUUAUUUCCUAUGGAAAAUCCGCAACUACUGAACGAUGUUCUUAACGAAAUAUUUCGAAAGAACGAACUUUCGAAACUUUAA